AAAAAAGUCAAAAAAAAGCACAAAAAUAUGAAAAUAUGAAUCUUCUCGUUCCUUUAACUAAUAUAUCUUCAUUUUCUUUCAGCUUGCUCCCCAAACCUGCUGCCUGUGCCCCUGCUUGCUGCGCCGACCCUACUGCUGCGCCCCUUGCCGCCGGUGCCCCUACUUGCUGCAUCAAGCCUGCACACCUGCGCCCCUACACCAUGUGCCCUAGCACCCUGCUGCCGCACCUCCUGCUUGCUGUACUCUACUGCUAAGGUCCUGCUUCUGCACUGUCACACCCCUGCCCCUGUAGCCCGUUCUGCACCUGCUCUGUCACUCCAAGAGCCCUGUACAAAAGACAAAGAAACAAAAAAAAAAAGGCUUUCGGUCCUUUGCUUUCCAGCCUACAAAAAUCAGCAACUGUCCAGAGGCUAAAUGGGUUCAAUUUUGGCGUUUUAAGGAUCAAGGGUGGAGAAGAAAAGGGCUGGAUCAGAAGGCUAUGGAUAGAUCUAGGUUCUUUUUUUUUUUUCCCUUUGCCUUUUACUUUUGGUAUAAAUAAGGGUUCAAAGGUUAGUGAAAAGAGGGGGGAGUUUUCGGAAAGAGGCGUUUUCUGCUGGGUGACAACGGCUGGAGGAGGACACAUUGUUGAGUUUCAAGAAGUGUGCCCUUUUCUGGAUUUGUUUCUGUAGGUAAUUUUCUCAUCAGAAGAGGUUCUUGAGAAAGGUGGUGAGGGAGAGGGUUGGAGCUUUAUCCCGUGGGUGGGAUCCCUCCCCCCGAUUCUGAUCUGUCUUCUUCAAAAACCUUCGCCAUGCUUGUUUUUAUUUUUUGGGUUUUCUUGACGUGCUGUAAGUGUAUUUGAGAGUAACAUUGUGAAUGAAAAAUCACAAAAAAUUGUCUAGUUCAUU